AGUACACCAAAAUCUACAGAAUUUGUUAAAAACUGUGAGCUGCGCUGAAGUAAAUAAAAGAGAAAAAUUCAAAUACGUGGUGAGAGUGAAACUCCCUACAGAUGAAGAUAUAUCACAGAUUUCAAAAAAAAAUUUAAACGGAAGACCGCGGAUAAUAUAGGAAAUAGCGCCCCCUUCACUUCCGGAGUACAAUGGUACCAUUUCCAAACAAGGCCUGAGACUGACAGUGGUCCGUCCCGCCCCUUCCUGUUUGCUGCAGCGAGGUCCAUUUUCGCGAGGUGUACUAAGUUCUGGUCAGGGAGCAGAACUUACAUGAACUUCAGCCUUACCGUUUCCGGCCUGCAGAGGGCGACACCGCCCCGCAGAUCCGGGACGGUGAGAAGAAAACAGCAGGACGGAGAAGGAACCGCCGGUUCCGAACUCUGCGGAUCGAUUCUGAAUGCUGACGGUCAGGGGAGGACUUCCGGUCGGGUUCGAAACCUUCAGCAUGGCGGUCCAGCUGUGGUGCCUGUCGUUCCGGCAGCCGUACGCCGGUUUGGUUCUGGACGGGGUGAAGACUGUGGAGAGCCGCUGGCGCCCCCUGCUGGCGCUGCUGGAGAACCGCACCCUGGCGGUCCACAUCGCCUGGCAAGACUGGGAGGGGGAGGAGUGGAGGGCGGCGCUGGGCGGAGCUUGGGGGCUGAGCGCCGCCGGGGUCCAGGAGCUGCUGGAGUCCGGGGAACGCUUCGGCCGCGGCGUGGUGGCAGGCCUGGUGGAUGUGGGCAGGACCUGGCAGUGCCCCACCUCCCUGCCAGAGGCGGAGCUAGCAGAGUUGCAGCGUUCGGCCGUUCUGAUUGGUCUAGAGGAGAAGCACCUGACCUGGCUGUCCAAUCCCCGCUGGCUGAAGGGGCCCCUGAAGGCCCCGGGAGGUCGCGACCUCUGGACCGUGGAGAUUCCCGCUGAGCUGAUGCCAUGAGAACACUGUUAGUAAUGAGGAAGUAGCAUUAGGGUCACCAUUAGUCUCCAUGGCAACAGAAUUCUGCUGAGACCCGCUUCCUGUGUAAGCUCCUCCCCCUGACCAGUCGGACCGGAACCAGACAGAGGGGUUCUGGUCUGGUCCAACAUCAGCCUCCAUCAUUGUUUGUAAAUAUUGUGUUGAUUUUUGUAAAUAAAUUUCUACUGGUUUAAAAUA